CUGCGAGGAGGAACCCGCUGCCCCUUGUCGAUCAUUUUCGAUGACUUAUCUCACACGAUGGGGAUCCUCAAUUGGAAAACGUAGCUAAUGUGUGGCCCAAUUACCGCCAUGUGUCAUUAAUGACGCUAUCGUCGAUCACAGGAGUGAUCGUUUGUCUCCGCUUUGUCGCUUUUUGUGGGAGAUACUGAGCUCCGGGUUCGGAUUGUGGCAGCCAUGAGCUCCGGGGACGGUGCAGAGGAGUCGGCGAAAGACCCCGGCGACACGGCAGUGUUCUUUAACACCGAUGGACCGCUCCCUAAAGAGCCAAAAGGAGAUGGAUCGAGUCACACUGCAGGUUUCAGGAGAAGCGAGGACAUGAGAGCAAUGGAGGUUCUGCCCAUCCUGAAAGAAAAGGUUGCUUUUUUAUCAGGCGGCAGAGACAGACGUGGAGGUCCAGUGCUCACGUUUCCAUCCCGCAGCAACCAUGACAGAAUACGAGCAGAUGACCUGAGGAGACUAAUCGCGUACCUGGCCGGCAUCCCCAGCGAGGAGGUUUGUAAACAUGGCUUCACGGUCAUUGUUGAUAUGCGUGGAUCCAAGUGGGACAGCAUCAAGCCUCUGCUGAAGAUCCUGCAAGAGUCCUUUCCAUCCUGCAUCCACAUCGCACUUAUCAUAAAACCUGACAACUUCUGGCAGAAACAGAGGACCACCUUUGGCAGCUCCAAGUUUGACUUUGAGACCACAAUGGUUUCAUUAGAGGGUUUGUCAAAGAUCGUGGACCCUUCCCAACUGACGGCGGACUUCGAUGGCAGUUUGGAAUACAACCACGAUGAGUGGAUUGAGGUACGGGUGGCGUUUGAAGAGUUUUCUGGGCAUGCCACCCAGAUGCUGGCCCGCCUUGAGGAGAUGCAGGAAACCGUGUCAAGGAAAGACUUUCCACAAGAACUUGAGGGAGCUCGGCGAAUGAUAGAAGAACAUGCAACCUUAAAAAAGAAAGUAAUCAAAGCUCCUAUAGAGGAGCUUGACACAGAAGGACAGAGAUUGCUUCAACGAAUACAGAGCAGUGAGAUCUUCUCCAACCGUAAUGGCAGCACGGGUAGCAGUGGGGGAAGUAGCAGCAAUGGUGGGGUCUGCAAUGCCGAUACUCAGGGCCUCGCGCCGCGGAUCACUCAGUUACUGGAAAAGCUACACUCCACCCGACAGCAAGUGCACCAGGCCUGGCACGUGCGAAAGCUGCAGCUGGACCAGUGCUUCCAACUCCGGCUUUUCGAACAAGAUGCCGAGAAGAUGUUUGACUGGAUCAUGCACAACAAGGGUCUGUUCCUGGCAGGCUACACAGAGAUCGGCAACAACCACCCCCACGCCGUCGAGCUGCAGACCCAGCACAAUCACUUCGCUAUGAACUGCAUGAAUGUGUACGUCAACAUCAAUCGCAUAAUGUCUGUGGGAAACCGGCUGCUUGAGUCAGGACAUUACGCUUCGCAGCAGAUCAAACAGAUCUCAGGUCAGCUGGAGCAGGAGUGGAAGGCGUUUGCAGCUGCCCUGGACGAACGCAGCACACUGUUGGAAAUGUCAGCCAGCUUCCACCAAAAAUGUGACAAGUAUAUGAGCAAUGUAGACUCAUGGUGCAAGGCCUGUGGUGAGGUCGACCUACCAUCCGAGCUUCAGGACCUUGAGGAAGCCAUCCACCAUCACCAGGGUUUAUACGAGCACAUCACGGCAGCCUACUCUGAGGUGAGUCAGGAUGGCAAAGCCUUGUUGGACAAACUGCAACGACCUUUAACACCAGGAGGUGCAGACUCAUUAACGGCCUCUGCAAACUACUCCAAGGCUGUGCAUCAUGUCCUUGAUAUUAUCCAUGAGGUUCUGCACCAUCAGAGGCAGCUAGAAAACAUAUGGCAGCACCGCAAGGUUCGGCUGCAUCAACGUCUGCAGCUUUGUGUGUUUCAGCAAGACGUCCAACAGGUGCUAGACUGGAUAGAGAACCACGGGGAAGCUUUCCUCAGCAAACACACGGGUGUGGGGAAAUCCCUUCAUCGAGCCAGAGCCCUGCAGAAGCGGCAUGAAGACUUUGAGGAGGUGGCACAGAACACUUACACAAACGCAGACAAGCUCCUGGAGGCGGCUGAGCAGCUGGCCCAGACCGGAGAGUGCGACCCAGAAGAGAUCUACCAGGCCGCCCACCAACUUGAGGACAGAAUCCAAGACUUUGUCAGACGUGUGGAGCAGCGGAAAGUCCUGCUGGACAUGUCUGUCGCCUUUCAUACGCACGUAAAAGAGCUGUGGACCUGGCUGGAGGAGCUACAAAAAGAGCUCCUAGAUGACGUGUAUGCCGAGUCUGUUGAGACCGUGCAAGAUCUGAUCAAGCGCUUUGGGCAGCAGCAGCAGACCACUCUGCAAGUCACAGUCAACGUCAUUAAAGAGGGAGAGGAUCUGAUCCAGCAGCUCAGGGACUCGGCCAUCUCCAGUAACAAAACCCCUCACAACAGCUCCAUCAAUCACAUAGAGACUGUCCUGCAGCAACUGGAUGAAGCCCAGGCCCAGAUGGAGGAGCUGUUCCAGGAGAGGAAGAUAAAGCUGGAGCUCUUCCUUCAGCUACGAAUCUUUGAGAGAGACGCCAUUGAUAUCAUCUCUGAUCUGGAGUCCUGGAACGAGGAGCUGGUUGGUCAGAUGAACGAUUUUGACACAGAGGAUCUGACUUCCGCCGAGCAGAGACUGCAGCACCAUGCUGACAAAGCACUAACCAUGAACAACCUCACGUUUGAUGUCAUUCACCAGGGCCAGGAGCUGCUGCAGUAUGUCAAUGAAGUCCAGGCCUCUGGUGUUGAGCUGCUGUGUGACCGGGAUGUUGACAUGGCCACUCGGGUUCAGGACCUCCUUGAAUUUCUCCAUGAGAAACAGCAAGAGCUGGACUUGGCAGCCGAGCAGCACCGCCGGCACCUAGAGCAGUGUGUCCAGCUGAGACAUCUACAGGCUGAGGUCAAGCAGGUGCUGGGCUGGAUACGUAAUGGCGAGUCCAUGCUGAACGCUGGCAUCAUCACUGCCAGCUCACUUCAGGAGGCUGAGCAGCUCCAGAGAGAGCAUGAGCAGUUUCAACAUGCCAUUGAGAAAACGCACCAGAGUGCGCUGCAGGUUCAGCAAAAAGCAGAGGCUCUACUGCAGGCCAACCACUAUGACAUGGACCGAAUUCGAGACUGCGCUGAGAGCGUGGCGUCGCACUGGCAGCAGCUCAUGUUGAAAAUGGAGGACAGGCUGAAACUGGUCAACGCCUCUGUGGCCUUCUAUAAGACUUCUGAACAAGUGUGCAGUGUUUUAGAAAGCUUGGAACAAGAGUACAAGAGAGAGGAGGACUGGUGUGGAGGAGCAGAUAAGCUGGGACCAAACUGUGAGACUGACCAUGUUACGCCCAUGAUCAGCAAACAUUUGGAGCAGAAGGAAGCUUUUCUGAAGGCCUGCACCCUGGCCAGGAGAAACGCAGACGUCUUCCUCAAGUACAUGCACAGAAACAGCGUCAACAUGCCAGGGAUGCUCAGCCAUGUCAAAGCGCCAGAGCAGCAAGUGAAAAACAUCCUCAAUGAGCUGCUGCAGAGAGAAAAUCGUGUCCUUCACUUCUGGACCAUGAGGAAACGACGCCUGGACCAAUGUCAGCAGUAUGUGGUGUUUGAGCGCAGUGCCAAGCAGGCUCUGGAGUGGAUUCACGACACAGGGGAGUUUUACUUGUCCACACACACCUCCACUGGCUCGACGAUUCACCACACUCAGGAGCUGCUGAAGGAGCAUGAGGACUUCCACAUCACAGCCAAGCAAACCAAGGAACGCGUGAAGUUGUUGAUCCAGCUGGCGGAUGGCUUCUGUGAUAAAGGCCACAGUCAUGCUGGGGAGAUCAAAAAAUGGGUGACAGCUGUGGAUAAACGCUACAGGGACUUCUCCCUGAGGAUGGACAAGUAUCGCUGCAGCCUCGAGAAAGCUCUGGGCAUCUCCUCGGACUCCAACAAGGCGAGCAAGGAUCUGCAGUUAGACAUUAUCCCGGCAACAGCACCUGGGUCAGAGGUCAAGCUCAGAGAUGCCGCCCAUGAGCUCAAUGAGGAGAAACGCAAGUCUGCUCGCAGAAAAGAUUUCAUCAUGGCCGAGCUUAUCCAGACUGAAAAGACCUACGUGCGAGACCUGCGGGAGUGCAUGGAUACCUACCUGUGGGAGAUGACCAGUGGGGUGGAAGAGAUUCCUCCAGGCAUAGUCAACAAGGAGCUCAUCAUCUUUGGAAACAUGCAGGAUCUCUAUGAAUUCCACCAUAAUAUCUUUCUGAAAGAGCUGGAGAAAUACGAGCAGCUACCUGAAGAUGUUGGCCAUUGCUUCGUCACAUGGGCUGACAAAUUUCAGAUGUAUGUGAACUACUGCAAGAACAAACCCGACUCGACUCAACUCAUUCUGGAGCAUGCUGGGAACUAUUUUGAUGAGAUUCAGCAGCGCCACAGACUAGCCAACUCCAUAUCUUCCUACUUGAUCAAGCCAGUUCAGCGAAUCACAAAAUAUCAACUCCUUCUGAAGGAGCUGCUGACUUGCUGUGAGGAAGGAAAAGGUGAGAUCAAGGACGGCCUGGAGGUGAUGCUGAGUGUUCCCAAAAGAGCCAACGAUGCCAUGCACCUUUCAAUGCUGGAAGGAUUCGAUGAAAACAUUGAAACCCAGGGGGAACUCAUCCUCCAGGAUUCCUUCCAAGUCUGGGAUCCUAAGACUCUGAUCCGAAAAGGUCGUGAGCGCCACCUGUUCCUCUUUGAGAUUUCUCUAGUCUUCAGCAAGGAGGUCAAGGAUUCCAAUGGACGGAGCAAAUACAUCUACAAGAGCAAACUCUUUACAUCAGAGUUGGGUGUGACUGAGCAUGUUGAGGGAGACCCCUGCAAGUUUGCUCUGUGGGUGGGACGCACACCAACAUCGGACAACAAGAUUGUGCUCAAGCUAAGUCAGGGAUCCAAACAUGGAACCUUGGCCUCCAACAUUGAGAACAAGCAGGACUGGAUCAAGCACAUCAGAGAAGUAAUCCAGGAGCGCACCAUCCACCUGAGGGGGGCGCUCAAGGAGCCUAUUCAUAUUCCUAAAACCACCACCGUCAAGCACCACAAGGGCAGAAGGGAUGGUGAAGACAUGGACAGUCAGGGUGAAGGCAGCAGUCAACCAGACACCAUCUCCUUGGCUUCUCGUACCUCACAGAACACGCUGGACAGUGACAAGCUCUCUGGAGGAUGCGAGCUUACUGUGGUGAUCCAUGACUACAUGGCCAGCAACAGCAAUGAACUCACCGUGCGACGGGGCCAGACAGUGGAGGUGCUGGAGCGUUGUCACGACAAACCAGACUGGUGCCUUGUCAGAACCACAGACCGCUCCCCUGCCCUGGAGGGUCUGGUGCCCUGCUCCAUGCUCUGUAUCGCCCACUCCCGCUCCUCCAUGGAGAUGGAGGGAAUCUUCAACCACAGAGACACACUCUCAGUUUGCAGCAACGACUCCAUCAUGCCGGGGUCGUCGGCAACACUUCAGCCAGGUCAUGGUAUCGGUUCUCACAACUCACCGGGUCCAAAGAGACCAGGAAACACACUGAGAAAAUGGCUCACCAGUCCAGUUCGACGACUCAGCAGUGGCAAAGCAGACGGCCAUGUGAAGAAGCUGGCACACAAACACAAGAAGAGCCGCGAAGUUAGGAAGAGUUGUGAGAUGACCUUGGGAUCGCAGAAGGACUCGGACGACAGCGCUGCCACUCCACAGGAUGAGACUUUAGAGGAGAGGGUUCGCAAUGAAGGCCUGUCCAGUGGAACUUUGUCCAAGUCCAGUUCUUCAGGGAUGCAGAGCUGUGGGGAGGAGGAGGGUGAAGAGGGAGCCGACACUGUCCCUCUGCCUCCUCCCAUGGCCAUCCAGCAGCAUAGUCUGCUGCAGCCAGAUUCACAGGACGACAAGACGUCCUCACGUCUGUCUGUGCGUCCGUCCAGUUCUGAGACACCAAGUGCAGCAGAGCUGGUGAGUGCCAUCGAGGAGCUGGUGAAAAAUGAAAUGGCUCUGGAGGACCGUCCCAACUCUUUGUCAGUGGAACAAGGAGACAGCAGCUCUCCGUCCUUUAACCCGUCUGACAACUCCCUUCUCUCCUCUUCUUCCCCCAUUGAAGAGAUGGAUGAACGCAGGGCAAGCAUCCUCAAGAAACGACAUUAUAUUCUGCUGGAGCUGGUGGACACAGAGAGAGAAUAUAUUCGAGACCUUAGUCUGAUUGUGGAGGGCUACAUGAGCAGAAUGAAGGAGGAGGGCGUCCCUGACGAUAUGAAAGGGAAGGACAAGAUUGUGUUUGGCAACAUUCACCAGAUCUACGACUGGCACACUGAUUUCUUCCUCGGGGAGCUAGAAAAAUGUCUGGAGGACCCGGACAGACUCGGGGCCUUGUUUCUCAAGCAGGAACGGAGGCUAAACAUGUACGUGGUUUACUGCCAGAAUAAGCCCAAGUCAGAGCACAUUGUGAGCGAGUACAUUGACACGUACUUUGAGGAGUUGAAGCACCGCCUGGGCCACCGUCUGCAAAUCACUGACUUGUUGAUAAAGCCUGUUCAGAGGAUCAUGAAGUACCAGCUACUGCUCAAGGAUUUUAUGAAGCAUUCCAAAAGGGCUGGGCUGGAGUCUACAGAGUUAGAGAAAGCAGUGGAGGUGAUGUGCAUCGUGCCGAAAAGGUGCAACGACAUGAUGAACGUGGGUCGACUGCAGGGAUUCGACGGGAAGAUCGUGGCUCAGGGGCGUCUGCUGCUCCAGGACACUUUCGUGGUGACAGAUGCAGAGGGACGGACCAGAGAGCAGCGAGUCUUCCUCUUUGAGCAGCUGGUUAUUUUCAGUGAGCCCACAGAUAAGAAGAAGGGCUUUUCGCUGCCUGGGUUCCUCUACAAACACAGCAUCAAGAUGAGCUGUUUAGGUCUGGAGGCGAACAGGGAAGGCGAUCCCUGCAAGUUCACGCUCACCUCACGUGCUAGUAACAGCGUGGUAGAGUCCUUUGUUCUUCACUCGUCCCACCCAGGAGUGUGCGAGGUCUGGACGCUGCAAAUCAGUCAGAUUUUGGAGACUCAGCGCAAUUUCCUUAACGCUUUGACCUCUCCCAAUGAGUACCAGAGGAAUCAUCUUGGUGCGAGCAGCGGGCCCUGUGGGCCCCCAACGGCAGCUCUGUCUGGCAGCAGUGGAUCCAGUCCUAUAGGAAUCGUCACCGCGAAUCCUCAGAGCAGCUCGGUCCAGGGCGGUUCCCGACGACCCUCAAGGAUACCCCAACCAUCCAGACUACCUCAGCCCCUGCGGCACCACCCGGGGGCUGAUCUGGAUGGUCCAAACAAAAUAUCAGGUAGCACACAGGCCAAACGGCCCCUCCAGACCACAGAGGACCAAGUACAGCCCCAAACCAGCAUUGUGGCGCCUGUAUCCCGCGCCAUUGUCAACCCUUUACCCUCCACACCCUUGUCCAAACAGCGGCCAGGACCCGUGUCCACACUGGCCCCGCCUCAAGCUGCCCCUACCUUUAUCAAAGAUGUGGCCCCCCCUCCAAGCCCGAGCCAGAAAUCAGGAUUCUGGAGCUCAAUGCCCGGCUCUCCCGCCAGUCGGCCCAGUUCCUUUACCUUCCCUGGGGAAGCGGGCGAAAGUCCAGUGAGACAGAAUUCAAACCAAACCCACCGACACUCGACACACAGCAAGGAUGCCGACCGCAUGAGUACCUGCUCCUCGGCGAGCGAGCAGUCUAUCCAGUCCACCCAGAGUAACGGGAGUGAAAGCGGCAGCAGCAGUAGCGUCUCGACCAUGUUGGUGACCCAGGACUACAUGGCCGUGAAGGAGGAUGAGAUCAGCGUCAGUCAGGGCGAGGUGGUCCAGAUUUUGGCAAGCAACCAACAAAACAUGUUCCUGGUGUUCCGGGCGGCCACAGAACAAGGUCCUGCCGCAGAGGGCUGGAUCCCCGGUUUCGUGCUCGGACACACCUCGGCUGUUGUGGCUGACUGUCCUGAGGGAACAGUCAACCGCAAGUCUUCCUGGCACUCGACCCUGAGGAUUCGCAAGAAAUCUGAGAAAAAGGAGAAGGAAGGGAAGAAGGAAAACAAGUUGGAGAACGGUUACAGGAAAUCCAGAGAAGGACUUGUCAAUAAAGUGUCUGUAAAGCUUCUAAACCCCAAUUACAUCUACGACGUCCCCCCGGAGUUCCUCCUCCCUCUGAGUGAUGUGACCUGUGACAACGGAGAGAGCGUGACCCUGAGGUGUAAGGUCAGCAGUCGAACCCGCGUCACGGUCACCUGGAGGGGACCCAACCAGAGCAACCUCCUCAACAAUGGCCACACUAGUGCCCUCUUCAGUGAGAACGGCGAGGCCACUCUGCGUAUCGUCGGGGCCACGUCCGAGGAUGAUGGCGUUUACACCUGCGUGGCCACGAACGAGCUCGGCAGCGUCUCGUCUUCAGCCAGCCUCAGAGUUUUGGCCGUGUCCACAGACGGCAGCCGAGUCAGCUGGAAGGACAACUUCGACUCUCACUACAGCGAGGUGGUGGAACUGGGGAGGGGGCGCUUCUCCGUUGUCAAACGAUGCGACCACAAAGGAACCAAACGCUCUGUGGCGGUCAAGCUGGUGAACAAGAAGAUGAUGAGGAGGGACCGAGUGACUCAGGAGCUGAAUCUGCUCCAGCGACUCCAGCAUCCAAACAUCAUCAGUCUGCUGGACACGUAUGAAACAGCCAGCAGCUACGUGCUGGUCCUGGAGAUGGCUGACCAGGGCCGCCUGCUGGACUACAUCGUGAGCUGGGGAAACCUGACGGAGGAGAAGGUGGCGGGCUACCUGCGAGGGGUUUUAGAAGCUUUACACUACCUGCACAACUGUCGCGUGGUUCACCUGGACGUCAAGCCUGAGAACCUGCUGGUGUCCCACAGCUCAGCUGCUCAGCCCAUCGUCAAACUGACUGACUUUGGUGAUGCGGUGCAGCUCAACAGCUCGCACUACACCCACCCGCUGCUGGGCAGCCCAGAGUUCGCCUCGCCGGAGCUGGUUCUGGGCGAGCCGGUGUCGCUGACCACCGACAUGUGGAGCCUGGGCGUGGUCACCUACGUGCUGUUGAGCGGCGCCUCCCCCUUUCUGGACGAGAGCGCCGAGGAGACGUGUCUGAAUAUCUGCAGGCUGGACUUCAGCUUCCCCCGGGACUACUUCCACGGGGUCAGCCAAGCGGCCCGGGACUUCGUCUGUCUCCUGCUGAGGACCGACCCCAUCGCCAGGCUUUCGUCCGGACUCUGCCUUCAGGAGCCGUGGCUGCAGGGCAACCGGGCCGAUGCCAGAAUGGAGUUCUGCCUGGACACGUCGCGGCUCGUGGCCUUCAUCGACCGCCGGAAACAUCAGACGGACGCUCGACCCAUGGGGGGAGUCCGGAGCUUCAUCCAGUGUCGGCUGCAGCCCUGAGGCUCAACUUCCCGCUGCUGAAACGCUGAUCUGUCCUCCUUCACGACCACAGUCCCAUCGUUGAGGGGUCGCCCUCGUCUGCUGCUGCUGCUCGACACAGAUUUUAUACUCCAUUACACAAAAUAAAUUAAAUAUAUAAAUAAAUUAGUAAUUUAUUUUGAGAAAAAAGAGACGCCGACAGACGUGUGUGGUUUCUGCUCUGAACUCUCGGGUUCCAAAAUGUAUAUUUCUGUGCCACUUUCAGAGACGACCAAGUAAACCAGGCUGCAUCGUCCAAUCUGACCGAGCCGGGUCGCUUCUUUACCCAGAACAAAAUGGAGUGCAGAGAUGUUUGAAGCCUUAAAACUCUUGUACAGGAACUUCUGCCUUCUUUGUCCUCACAGCGACUGUGAGCCGUGAAUGUGCAGCGAAGCAAAACAAAAUACUGAAAAUGCACUCGUUCUUUUUUUUUUUUUUUUUUUUUUACUUUCAUGUGCAAUGUUGCAGCUUUAACCUUUUAUGCAACUAUUUAUGAAGAUUCUGUAAUAAAUUUAGGAGUAAAAAUGUACAGCCAGGUGGUUUGUGUUUUUUCAACUUAGGGAGGCUCGUUCAAGGUCACGACACACUUUGAUUUGAGAGAGUAUUUUUUUGUACAGAUGUAGUCGGAGCACCAAAGUCCUCUUUAGCUUUAAAUUGCUUCUGUUGUGAUCUGGUUUACACAAGUGAGGAACUGGUGUUUGACAAGCGAACACGGCGAGACGUCAGAAUUGUGAGUUUUUAAAUGACGCUUGUUGGCAAACCAUGGCUGGUUUCCUCUGCUGUUUUAGUGUAAUUUCCUUAUUUAUUUCAUUGUCGUCUCCAGAGGCCAUUGAAACAAGGAAACUCCAUUCGGAGGCUUCAGUUUUUGUCAUCGAAACAUUUGUUCAUAUUUUUUAUGUUUGCAUGUAUAUUUGUUGUACAGUUCAUACAUAUGUGUGUAAAUACUCUCAUUUGCCAACAGAAAAUUAAACAUUAUG